GUGAAAGGCGGGGAUAGGAUUCCUUAGCAACGCUUGGCUCCCUGGGAGUGGUGGCGGUUGUUUCAACAUGGCGGCGGCAACAAAAACUGCAAAUUCGGGGAUAUUUUGGAUGGAUGGCGAUGAUGAACAGCCUCUGGUGUUCGUUCCUGGAUUGGAAGGAGAAAGGAAGACUCAGACCCCUUUCAGUUUUGGAUCAGGCAGCACCAGUACAUCCAGUAUGAGAGGUACCAAGAUGCGAGCCCGGCGUAGCUCUGACUGCAGGAAUGGCAACUCACUAAAGAAAGGGGGCAGGAAUCAAGGCCACUUACAAAAUGAGCCCUCUGGUGUUUAUACCAAGGAAAAGGUGCCAGACCAUCACAGUGCGACUGCAGCUACAGAGCACGCCCUGUUUCCAUCCUCUGGUAUUUUUCUCACCUCAACACAGGUAUCCUCUGAGACCAGCAGAAGUAAAAGCCAGGUCUGUUUGAAGGACCUCUGUCCUGAAGAUAAGCGCCGGAUUGCAAAUCUCAUUGAAGAACUAGCCAGAGUGAGCGAGGAGAAGGAAGAGUCAGUGCAGCGCCUGAAACACGAACAGGAAAACUUUGAGGGCAAAAUCCAGAAGCUGGAGCAACAGAACGUGAUCAUAGUAGAGGAGAGGGAGAGCCUGCAGCAGCAGUACAGAGAGUGCCAGGAGCUGCUGGGGCUCUACCAACAAUACCUCUCUCAGCAACAGGCCAAACUGAACCAGUCCAUCGCCCAGCUCACCCAGGAGCCAGCGCAUAGCAAGGUGCUGAGCAGUGAGGAAGCCGCCAACAGAACAUCUACUAGCAGAGCUAAUGGCUCCUCCUUUGAUGGCUCAUACCUCAGCUUCCCUGCUACUCGAGUGCACAGGGGUGGUGGGAGUGGUGGAGGAAGAACAGCAGCACACUCUCAGAGCAACAAUGCAGGCUCUCUUUCCUGUGCGGGUGAGUUCAGUCCCACUGACGGGCCCAUCCAACAGCUCGGGACUCAGAAGAGCAGGGAGUCCGAGGGCCAGCACAGAUGUGGGCCCUGCCGAGGUCAAGACAGUGGCGCUCGCAGAGAGAAUGGCCACCAUGACACUUCUAACCAGCAUGAGUGCGAAAGGCUCCACAGUGGGAUGGCCAUUGGCUCAGAGGCUAAAGAAGCCCUGACCAGGCCUCGGCUGGGUCACGAGGACUGGGAGGAGAAGAGGCACCAGCUGCUGCUGCAGAAGAUGCAGCUGGAGACGGAGAGAGAGAGGCUGCACGCACGGCUGGCCGAGCAAGAGGAGAGGCUCAACACGCAGAACCAGCAGCUUCAACAGUCGCGCCUCGAUUACAGCAAAUUCCAACAAGCUACUCAAUCUGAUCUCAGCAGCUCCAACACUAGAAAUAGAGACCCACAGCCUGAGGGUCCCUCCCACCAACAUUUACCCUCCAGUGUGUGUGAAGAUGCAGAGGGACAUCCUGCAGUGCAGAGUUCACAUGCACAACACUUGAAAACUCUACCCACUCAUCUGGGCAAUGAGGCAUUAGAGCAGUCCAGAAAGGACAUGGCUACAUCUCCGACCCCUGCAAACCUGAAUAGACCCACCUCAUCGUCUGUGAUCCGAAAGUCCUCUGAGUCCAGGUUGGACUUUCCUGCGGUUGAGUUAUUGGACGUCUUUAGUCCUGUCUCUGCACCUGAGCUCAGAAAGCAGUCCAUCCGAAGACCCAAUAUAUCGCAGCGUAGGCCGGGCCUCACUACCCCAAAACCCCCGGGCAGAACCCUGCUCACCCCCGCUCGGGUCUAUCCUCAGAAUACCCAGCAGGAUCUGGAGGAAAGUCAAAUACUGGAGGAUAUUUUCUUUAUUUGCUGACAAAGAAGAAAGUGGAUCCAGUCACAUCUUUAAGUCGGAGCAAAAUGAAGAAGAGGUGAUUGGCUUUCUAGUUCCCGCGGUCGAUCUGCUUCCUCUCCCUCACUUCCCUCAACAUGAAAACAUGGGCUAGGUGAAAGGCAUGAG